CCUUGGUCCAUCUCUAGCCUUGCAUUGGCUUAUAGAUUUUAGGUGCGACAUGAGUUUACCCGGGUUCCUCGGUGGCUUCCGCAUUCCACACCUGCCAGCGGGAGAGACCCCCAGUAUACGAGUGGACAAAGCCAGGCACGAAUCUGAGCCAGCGCCUGAAACCAGUAACAGGCUGGUGGCGCCUGGUAAACGGACGGACAACCCAGAUAAUGACUCCAUCAGGCCCCACUUGAAGCGGAAGGCUAAGUGCAUGGAGGAGCAUUCGUUGGAGGCGGAAGGCGAAUUGGUCCUGUCUCCCGGACGCGACGAGAGCUAUCCAGAUGAGCUGAACCGUCUGAUUGGACCACUGAACUGUCAGCUGUGCAAGGUGCAGGUGACCUCCAGGAAGUGCGCCCGGGAUCACUACGAAUCGAAGGCCCACGACCGACACAUCAGCGCCUGGCUGGCCAAGAACUACACGGAGGUGGGUCUGCAGGCGCCUUCAGUGAAGCGGCUGGCCAUGCAAGGACCCACCGGCCCAAGCGCCUUCCACUGCGACCUGUGCGACCUGAACCUCACCUCCUCGAUGCACGCCCGCCAGCACUAUUUGGGUCGAAAGCACAAGCGUGCGGAGCAGGGCAGGAUGCCUACGUCGGAUGGUGUUCGCGGCAUAGGGAGUCUGUUCCUCAAGACUGAGCGUUCAACCAAAGAUGCGCCAACGGAGGUAAUGCUAUCGGAGAACAGCCCCAUCAAGUCGGAGGAUAAUGAGCGCACCUGCAACCUGUGCAAAAUAGUGGUCACCUCUGCUCCCCAAAUGCAGGUGCACUUGGCUGGAGCCAGACACCAAAAGAACUUGAGGACUGGUGGACAGGAUCCAAAUCAGUCGGGAGAUGUGCGUCUUGCGGAGGCGCCGCCCCCUGUAGCGCAAAAAUUGGAUGCCUCCGAACAGGCCUUGUAUCGCACUCCCAUUGGUCAGUACUACUGCCAGCCCUGCAACAUGAUGAUGAACCAUGUGACCGCCUUGCAGCAGCACCUUAUCGGCAAGAAGCACCUGAAGAGGGUAAAGAGCCUUGCCCAAACUGACAAGAGCGUGUAAAGAAUUUAUUUGAUAUACCCCAAGCCAUGACUUCCAAUUGGUAGUGCCAUUGAUUAACUAGCUUGAGCUAGUAGCUUCCUCAAUAAUACUGAUAUGAAUAUGGAGGCAUUAUAAAAGACGUACUUUUGUUGUUCAACAAUAAAGGUUUUUAAUACCCGUUACUGUAGAGUAAACGGGUAUA